GGCUGGGACGGUUUCCACGGUUAGUUACUGUAUGGAGAGUCGUACCGAACACAGACAGUGACACAGGAUGUAGAGCUGAAAGAAAGGCGGAGUAUAAUGUGUACUAGCCUGUCCUUUAUUUGGAAAGCACAAACAAAGGAAAGCUUGGAACUUCAGGAGUGGACACAGACCCGUGCUUAACCUUUGGUGGCUGAUGGGAAUUUGUCACCUGUCAUUACUCCUUCCAUCUCCUUGGAGAUGACCCCAGAAGGCUUAGAGGAAUGUGACUGAAGAGUGGUCCAACCUCUUGAACAUAACACCAUCCCUUCACAAAUCAAAAUAGAGGUGUUUUUACACAGAUAUUAUAGCUUAGCACCCAGUUUCUACAAUGAUGCCAGGGCUGGUCUGGGUGUGCCUGGCACUGAUCGGGGCAAGGAGCUGCUACUCCCACAGUCUGUUCACCUGUGAACCGAUCAAGGAGCCUCGAUGCCUGGGGAUGCAGUACAAUUUGACAUUCUUCCCGAAUAUGAUGGAGCACUAUGACCAGGAUAUUGCUGCCAACAGAAUGGAGCCCUUUAUGCCACUUGUCAAUCUGCACUGUUCUCCUGAAGUACAUCAGUUCCUGUGCCAGGCUUUUAUUCCAGCAUGCACCGAGGACACCAAGGUGAUCCGGCCGUGUCGUGACAGGUGUGAGACUGUGAAGUCAGACUGCAAGGAAGAAAUAAGCACCUUUGGCAUCACAUGGCCUCUGGAGCUGCAGUGUGAUAGAUUGGAGGAAUGCCGCUACUCUCCAGAUGGCUCAGCUUUGCCACCUACCAAACUGACCACCCCAAAGACCUCUCCAUUUGCCAAGAGGGACCUGGGCUUCUGGUGCCCUCUGCAGCUGAAGACCCGACCUGGCCAGGGGUCUGCAUUCCUUGGUGCCGGGGACUGUGCUCCCCCCUGCUCCAACAUGUACUUCCAGGCCGAUGAGAUCGAGUUUGCCAAGACCUUCAUUGGUGUGUGCUCCAUUGUUUGCCUCGGUGCAACACUCUUCACCUUCCUCACCUUUCUGAUCGACGUCAAACGCUUUCGUUACCCAGAGCGGCCAAUCAUUUUCUACGCCGUGUGUUACAGCUUUGUGUCGCUCAUCUACUUCAUCGGCUUCUUGCUGGGGAACAGUGCAUCUUGCAACAAGGCAGUCUAUCCAGCUGCCAUGGACACAGUAGUGAUGGGAUCUCAGAGUAAAGGCUGCACGUUACUGUUCAUGCUGCUGUACUUUUUCUCAAUGGCCGGGAUUGUCUGGUGGGUCAUCCUUACCAUAACCUGGUUCCUUGCCGCCGGGCCCAAGUGGAGCUGCGAGGCCAUCGAAAAGAAGGCUGUGUGGUUCCAUUCUGUCGCCUGGGGAAUCCCCGGAGCCCUAACCGUCAUGCUACUAGCUCUCAACAAGGUGGAGGGAGAUAACAUCAGUGGGGUGUGUUUUGUGGGGCUCUACGAUCUGGAUGCCCUGCGGUACUUUGUGCUGGCACCACUGUGUAUUGGUGUGGUGGUGGGGCUGUCUCUGCUACUGGCUGGUAUUGUGUCGCUCAACAACGUGCGUCAGGUGAUUCAGCACGAUGAGAGGAAUCAGGAGAAGCUGAAGAAAUUUAUGAUCCGUAUUGGGGUGUUUAGUGGGCUGUACCUUGUGCCCCUGGUUAGUCUGCUGGGAUGUUAUAUCUAUGAACAGAGUCAGCGUUCCACCUGGGAAAACACCUGGAUCAAUGACCGGUGCCAGGAGUACAGCAUCCCUUGCUCACACAAGAUUACAGAGUCUGAUCGCCCAGACCUUUCCCUCUUCCUGAUUAAAUACAUGAUGACCCUGGUGGUUGGGAUCUCUGCUGUGUUCUGGGUCAGCAGCAAGAAAACCUGCUCAGAAUGGGCUUUCUUCUUUAACAGGACCAGGAGAAAGAGCCCCAUUAGCGAGAGCCGGAGAGUUCUCCAGGAGUCGUGUGAGUUCUUCCUCAAACAUAACAGUCGGGUGCAGCACAAGAAGAAGCACUACAAGCACAGCUCCCACAAACUUAAGGUGGUAUCCAAGUCCAUGGGCACCAGUACAGGCGGCUCAGCCACCGGCACCACAGCCAACCAUGGCACAUCAGUAGUGGGCAACCAUGAGGCUGCCUGUGGUCAGGCUUCUGUCUCUGAGGCCAGGGGCUCCUCUGAGGCCUCUGCCAGGGAACAGCUGGAACGGGGCAGUUCUAACCGGACCUCCAGGCUGAAGGAAACACAGAGGCUUCCUAGUGGACAAUUGCAGUCUGGAGGGAGAGAGGGUAGGGAAAAGCCAGAGAGACGCAGUAAGAAUGGCAGCCCCAGCAAGGUUAGCAGCCGCUCUGAGAGCUUCCACAGAGUGUCAGAGGGAAGGGUGACGCCUAGGAGUGACCUAUCAGAGACGCGACAGGUACCCAUUGGGCAGCAUCUGGCAUUAAGCCACUCCCACAGUGGCAGUGCUAGAGGUUCUGCCCCUCACCUUGUUCGUCUGGUAACAGAGGAUAAGAACAAGGACAAUAGCUGCUGAGCCCAACCAGCAACUCCCAUGAUUUUUAAGAUUAACAAAGAUGGGGAAACUCUGGUCCUCAAGGGUGGACUGUGUCUGUUGGUUUGUUUUUUCAAUAUUCAUAUAUAUAAUUUCAAAUGAGCAACUGAUGUAACGUGUCAUACCAAACAAGAUGUUUUUCUGACUUAACUGUCUGUGUGCUAUUCACAGACUUACCCAACAGGUGUGGUUACUGUACAGUACAUUACAGCUUUACUGGAUGACUGGCCACAUCAAGGUGAAUGAGGUUAGAGAAUCAAACCAACGGUUCGAUUUUCUCUGCUUUAAAACAGUCCAUUAUCCCUUCAGCUGAGGUAUUGUUUAUUUACUAAUGUACUACAAACAUUAAAUUGUUCUAUAGAUUUAUAUGUAAAGUGUCUAGAAUAUAUACUUUCAAUAUUUAUGUAAACUGUUUUACUUUGCAAAUUAGUCUUAACACUGAUUUUAAAGAGAUUUUUGGGGUUAAAGUGCACACACUCAACUUUUAAUUUGUAUUUUCAUUCUUAUCAGAUGAACCAUUUUGUGAUUAUGCAAUGAUUUGUACAAAGUCUUUCCCGUGUUAGGGUGCCUAAAGUAUUUGGAUAGAUUAAAAUCAUGUUCAAUAAAGUAGUCAUGUUCAGCCGUCAAA